AUGGCCUCCAAGGAAACUACACUGCCAAAAAGAAGGAAGAAACAGAGUGGAAACUGUGAAAAAGUUGAAGAACCAGAGAUUGAAGUAUUUGAAGUGGAGAAAAUAGUGGACCGGCGUGUAGUAGCAGGCAAGGUAGAAUAUCUCCUGAAAUGGAAGGGAUAUUCAGAUGCUGUUAAUACCUGGGAACCAGAAGAAACUUUAGACUGUGUGGACUUAAUCAGGGCUUUUAAAAAUUCUCAAGGAGUGAGUUCAUCUGCCAGUCAAUAUGAGGAUAGCACAUCAAAUGAUAAAAGAGAUGCUGGUGACAAUCCAAUUGGCUUUUCUAGAGGUCUUGAGCCUGAACGAAUACUUGGUGUCACAGAACAUAAUGGAGAAAUGAUGUUUUACAUGAAGUGGAAAAACUCACGUGAAACUGGGUUGGUUUCUGCAAAAGAGGCUAAUGAUAAGUGCCCUGAAAUUGUUACUGCUUUUUACAAACGGAGGCUGUAUUGGCCUGGAAACUGA